GACAAAAGUCAAAUGUAUAAUGGAAAUGGAAAUAAUGACGAAAGAAGCUGGUAUUCGUAUUUCAUCGAUCUUCCGUCGCUACGGGUUUGGAUAAAGAUAAGGGCAAGUUGUAGUGGUGCCUGUUCUUCUUGUGCUCUACAACUAUCUACCUUUGUUUGUACAAGCAAGAUGGUCGCUCUCCGUCUCCAGUUUCAUCAGUCGCUGCUAAAGAGUGGCGCCCGAGCCUCCUCGUUCAACCCGACGCCCGAGGCCCCGGUAGUUGCGGUCUGCUCGAGUUUGCAGCAGCGCCAAUGUGGCAGUGCUAGUAGAAGGAUGUCCUCGAUUAGAAACCACUCUACUUACCCUUCCUACAAGUAUCAAUCUUGCAGACGGCCUGUUGCACUGUCCACGACCUCCUUCCCAUUGUUUUUGCGCGCAAGCGCGGCUAUCAACAGCAGUUCUCGCUGUUGUACGGGCAGAACAAGUGUUUGCAGUGAAGCACAUCAACAUUUCGUCAGCCUCUCCAACCGCACACUCUUCACAAACCGAGCUUGUUCGUCCCGUUUGUUUGGUGCAACCACGGCACAUCAACUACAGAAAUCGUGCUUGUUCAGUACGACCAUUAGAAUACCCCCCGACAAGAAAAACCGUCUGCGACGGUCGGUGCACUUUGUCCCCGGGGACAGCGAGAAGUUCCUGCAGAAAUGUCUGAGCUUGAACGCCGACACGUUGGUGUUGGAUCUCGAAGACUCGGUGCUACUUCCCAACAAGCAGCGCGGCCGGCAGCUGGUGCAAGACUUCCUACAGAAGAACAUCGACGCAAGAAGAACUUCAUCGUCCUCUCUUGUUUCAUCUCUUUCUGCUCACGGCAAAGGAGAAGGCUCGGGCUCUUCGCUCCCCCACCCGGAAAUUCUGGUGCGCAUCAACCCGCUGGACUCCGAGUUCUGGCACGACGAUCUUCGAGCUGCGCAGCUUGCCGAUGGCUUCAUGCUGCCGAAGAUCAGCUCGAAACAGGACUUGGAUCUGUUGGAGAACAGCGGUUUGCUCCGGCCUGACCACGUCCUUCUGCCCAUCGCGACCGAGACCCCCCUGGCCGUGCUGAAUCUGCAGGAGAUCGCCGCGGGCAGCGACCGGAUAGCAGCAAUUACCUGGGGGUGCGAAGAUCUGUCCGCAGCGAUCGGAGCGACGAGCACGCGAACAAGCGCAGUGGAGACGAUCAACAUGGGAGCCGUAUCUUCAAAGAAUCCGUCAACUACAUCGUCCACGUCCUCUUACCUCCCCGUAUUCCAGAACGUACGAACCCAGUGUCUGCUCGCUGCGAAAGCCGCAAAUAUCCAGGCCAUCGAUGGCGUUUUCACGGACGUGAAGGAUGGGUCGGGCUUUGCGCACGAAACCACCGAGGCCAAGCAAAUGGGGUUCGACGGGAAGCUCUCCCUGCACCCGCUACAGAUUGAGCAGCUGACGAAACUCUUCUCGCCGACCAGCAUGGAAAUGCAGGAGGCGGAGGAAAUUGUGGCACUGUUCGAGUCCGCGGAGGCUACGAAAGGCGCCGUGGUAUACAAGAACCAAAUGGUGGACCUCCCCCACUACACGCGCGCGAAAAAGAUUUUGCAAAGAGGAAAGCAGUCCGGCGUGGAGAUCAGUGGGCGCGCCGAAGACCCUGCACCAAAGAGUACAACUGUGUCGAUGAAGAACGAGGGUCGUGCAAAAAUAAAUGAUAAGCCAACUGAGCCGGAACAAGCGGCUUUGAAGCGAAAACCGCCAGAACCGGUCUACCACGGGAAGUUCCUGGAGGAGCUCCGCGUUGGACUGAAGAUUCCGCACGCGCUCACGCGCACCGUGACCGAAGCGGACAACGUGUUUUUCACUUGCCUGACCCUAAAUCCGGCCCCCAUCCACUUGGACCACACGCUCGCGGCGAAAUCUAGCGAGUUUGGCGGAAAGCCGCUCUUCAACUCGAUGUUCACGCUCGCGUUGCUCGUGGGCAUGACAGUGUUGGAGACGACACAUGGCACCACCAUCGCGAACCUGGGCUUCUCGAAGGUGGUAUUUCCGAAACCAGUGUUCCCGCUAGACACGCUGUGUGCGGAGACCGUGGUGCUGGAAAACCGAGAGUCCAAAUCCAGGCCGGGCCAGGGCAUCGUCACGCUGGAGCACACCAUGUUUAACCAGCAUGGUGAUGUGGUCUGCACCUGCGUCCGUCAGGCCCUCAUGAAGUGUAAACCAAAACCCAAACCGAGCUGACUUUCUACUUUCACGGACAGAACAAGUACAGAUGGAGCGAUAGCCACUUUGUUUACGUUUCCUUCUUUCUUGCACAGCUGAUAACGAUAGGUAUUAACAUGGUCUCCAGUGAAAUUUGAUACUCGUAAUAAAAAAACGAACACGAAGUAUUUUGCUUUCCCGAUACUAUUCUCCAUCACCACCAGAUAUCUAGGCCUUGAUCUCAAUGAUUGUCGCCGUCAGCCGUGUUAGUUUCUUUGACGACCUUCGUCAGACUCAAGCGACUGCCUUGUAGCACUACAUUGUGUAAUCAAACCAAGGAUGAAACCGCCUGGACCUCAAUCCAAUUUCUUGCUGUCCCUCUCCUUGCCUAGAAUUAGAAAGUAACAGUGACAAGACCACCAAGAGUGCUGGGAACUACUAAUUAUCAUUGAACAAGACAGCCGUGAAGACAAGGUCGCUCCUUCUUUUCCGUGGUCGCUUCUUGCGAGUAGACAAGAUCAGGUGGAUGUUGAUGUGGAUCAAGAACAUGUAUUAACAUGAGUACAUCGAAGACCGACAGGCUUUUUAAUGCGUAUUGUAGCUACGACUACAGGUACAGAUGCAGAAGCAAGCAGAUCGAGAUCCCGUCUAGUAGAAGUAGUAGUGUCGACACUCCUAUAAGUAAACUGAUUUCAAAGCGCUGCACUAGUAUUUGUGUUGGAGCCUGGACAAGGAGCACAGCAGAAAUCCGUCUGGCAACGACUACCAUAUCCAAAGUCAAAGACCCGAUUCACAGCGUGAGAUUGUUGCAAUUGCAUGUGCAGCGCAGCAACAGCAAGAAACUUUGGAAUCAAUGACGCAGUGCCGCUUGGAUUUUCAUUUUUCAUUUUCUACGUGCGAUGAAACUAUAGAUGCAGUACCAGCUGCACAUACAGUCUUUCUAAUUUUGAUUUUUCAUUUUCUCAGAAAACGGUUUUCUUACAACCAAUGAAUAGAAUACAUCUUUAUCUUUUGUGAUUGAACCCCGUGCCGGUCAGCAUUUAUCAACUUCAACAUGAUUUUGAUUUUCUUUUUCAACAAGCGGUGAAACGUCACCUGGUGUGCGGAGGGGUUCACUCUUCUGCAGAUAUUCUUACCUUCAGGAUUGCUUAGUAGUAUGCGAGAGGAUUUUUCCCGCUCACCUUAAGAAGCGCACACGUCAUUCUUUUUCAACAAGCAGGAACAUAGAUAUCGUUCGCCUGAAGAAGCGAGCAGCCCGCCGAUUGAUUUGCAGCAAAAACAUUUGUUGCAGUUGUAGGGCGCCGAGGACGAUAGGCACGCAUUGGAGCCACCCAGUGAAGAUGCUUCAUAUUGGGAUCACAACUCCCACCAUGAGCUGGGAGAAACGGAAACCUGAUCCGUCCGGCGCGCGACCGCUUCCGCUUCUGCGCAGCAGUCUGUGCCUGAUUUGCUUUUAUCUAUUGACAUACACAACAGCCCCCGUUGUUGCGGCUCGCGCUGGUGAUACAGGAACCUCCAACACUUUCGCCGAUUUUGUCAAGCACCUCGUCAAUGCAGAAGCCGAUGAUUUUCACGCCGCCGGCGAGCGUCUUAAGUUUCUGCAGAAAGUCACCACCAACUUGGAAAAGAUGUGCGCCAGCAUGCGUGCAGACGAAGAGGAUGCACAUGGACCGGGGGGACUUACUCUGAAAAUGCAAAAGCCCGCCUCGUCUCCAGGAGCAAAGCCUUCACCGGACUUCGGCGACCUGAAUUGGGAGAAAUCGCAGCCGUUACGCGAUUGCUGGGGGAAUCCUGCCUGCCGAAAGUUUCUUGAAGAUGUGCUGGGGUUUGUAAAAAUCGAGCCAACCCCGUGCCCAACGGCUGGUGGAACUCCGUGCCCGCCUGCGGUCUCCUCGACUCCGUGCCGAGCCACUUCUGGUUGCGCAGAUCAAGGACCGCCUGGCUUGCACGACCUUCCCGCGUCAGGUAGCAGUGGUUCUACACCAGGCUCGACGAGUUCGGCGUCUAUGACGAGCGCGCGUUGGCAUUCCGUUGCAAAAGCGCAAGUCGUUGGUUUGUCAAGACCGCGGCUACAUUCCCCAGCUGCAUUCCGUGGUGCUAAAGAAUGCUCUGCAAAUCGUGAACCGUGCCGCCCUACGCUUGGCAUCCUCGAAACUCGAGCACGCCGCCAAGGGGGACGCAAAUGCCGAAAAUGCGGAAGCGAAGGCCCGUGA